UGUGAUUAAGGUGCUCUCUGCCUUAAUGAUUCUGGGACAGCAUUGUGAAGAACUUCUGGCUGCUAUGGAGAAACAUGUUCCAGCGAGGCUGGGAAAGUGUGAUCCUGAGUUGAUCAGCACUGUCAUGGAGUACUGUCUGCAAACAAGGUGCCGCUCUGAGCCCAUCUUUGAAGCUGUGGCUGAGAACUUUGUGCAUGAUGCUGAGAGGCACACCACCCUCCAGAUAGCCAAACAGAUCGUUGCCAUGGGGAGACUCAACUACCUGCCACAAUGCUCCAAUCAGAUGUUUAAGAAGCUGGAGAGGAUUUUAUCAUCAAGGUUUUCCCAUUUCCAGCCUCACUCGUUGAUAGAGGUUCUGCACGCCUGCAUCCACCUGGAACGUUUCCCGCUCAACUUCAUGUCCAAAGUCUUCAGCCCGUUCUUCCUACAGAGGCUACAAGCACAUGGGGAACCAUUGGACAAGAAUGCAAUGGGACAACUGACACAAAUCCAUCUCUCCUCAUCAUUAGAGUGCAGUUACUACUGGGGUCCAAGGCUACCCUUCUUCCUCCAUGUGAAGAGGUUUGCCUCUGUGGAUCAGGCCUUUGAGACACCUAUGGAGAGUCUCUUGUACAAACAGGUCAAAGGGCCGUUGACACACCUACUGGGGGGAAAGUUUUACUCCACCAAUAUAUUUACUUAUAGUGGAUACACUGUAGAUGUGGAGAUUUGCCUGGAUGAGAAUGGAUUUAUUCUGCCCCUCCCUCAGUGGGAUCAAACAUACAGAAGGAUGGCACUUUGUUUAGAUGGUCAAAGCCGUUUCUGCAAUAACACAAAACACCUUCUGGGAAAGGAAGUUACUAAGAGGAGACACCUCCACAGGAUGGGCUAUGAGGUGGUGCAGAUCCCUUACUUUGAAUUUGAGAAGCUAAGAAGUCAUGAGGAACAGGUUCAAUAUCUUCACAACAAGAUCUUCCCCACCAUUUUCACGCUCAAUCACUGAUCUCAGGUGACUCACAGGUUGAGUACAACUUCAAACAAAGAUUCCCCAAACACUUUUUAUGGUUGAUUCUCACAUUUUUGUAUAAAAUCAACAAACUUUCCAGUGAGCUGUAUCAACAUUUGACUGAGUGUUGCAUACUUGUUACAUACAGUGCAA